CGUGUGUGCGCGGAGGGGCGUUCGGCUCGCCACGCCAGUCACUCACUUUACGCGGUAAAAGUAUGACGGCUAAAAUGUCGCGCGCACAAAUAUACACAAAAUAAAUACCAAAAAAUAGUGCUGUGCUGUGGAUAUUAUGUUAUUGUGGUUGCGGUAUCUGAAACAGCUGGAAGUGGCGGCCGGGGACCCGCCGCCAGGUGGCGCUGUCGACUUCAAAACAAUGUGUGAGGACGAGGAAUGGGGAAACGAGAGCGAGGCGAUGCCGGGAGAACCUCGCACGCCGAGCUCAGAGGGCGAGCGGGCCGCGUCCAGCGGUGGCGCCUCGCCCGCCUCGGGGGGCUCGCCUGCCGCCUCACCGCCUCGCCUGCGCCUCAACACCAGCCUUGCUACAGACCCUGCGCUCGCGCCGCAAGCGACUACGCUCAAACGUGAGCCACCUUCACCAUCGCCGCCGCCGCCUCCUGCACCACAAGCGCGGGAUUACUUAGCCCUAUCGGCGGCUGCGUUCCCAGGGCUUUUUCCUGCAUCAGGACCACCCAGCUACGUCUGCAAGCCAUGUGGCAUUCGCUACUCAUCACUCAGUACAUUGCAAGCUCAUCAAGAACAUUAUUGUUCAAAUAGAUUGCCAAAGCCGACGGAGGGAGCGAAUACUCCGGCUGAUCCAACCGCAGAUGAGUCCAGUAGCGAUGCGAAAACUCCACGCCCUGCUGGCAAACAAUAUGCUUGUACCUAUUGUUCUUAUAGUGCUGACAAGAAAGUAAGCUUGAACCGACAUAUGAGAAUGCAUUCCUCCUCCCCUGUGAGCAGUGGAACUCCGGCACCGACGCCGACUUCUAAUGGAGAAGUCACAGAAGGGCCGCCUGUACAGGACCGAUACUGCGCCGAUUGCGAUAUUCGCUUCAGCUCUAUCAAAACGUACCGAGCGCAUAAACAGCAUUACUGUAGCACGAGACAAGUUGUUAAGCAAGCACUAGCGUCCGCUCGCGGUGGCUCUGCAACUUCGGGAUCUGCGCCACCCUCGCCUGGAGCCACGCCUCCAGCACAAAAUCAAAACCAGUACGCUCUUGCGUUACCCACUAAUCCGAUUCUCAUAGUUCCAUACUCAUUGUUGCGAGGUGCAAGUACACUACCGGGUACAACACUACCAGAUCCUGACACGCCAUGUUUUUUGUUACCAAAUGGAACAUUUCAACCAAUUAGUAGAGCAUUAUCAAACAUGAAUGCGGAAGGAAAAGAAACCGAGGUUUUAAAAUCAGCCAAUCGAACACGAGAGCCACCGAGAGAUGGUGCAACUCCUUUAGAUCUCAGUGUACGACGAUCACCUGAAUCUGUGGUGACCGAUGAACAUGAGAAAGAGAACAGACUGCGAUCUACAACUCCUGAGCAAAUUGUAUGCGCUCCUUCAUUGCCUGGUUCUCCAGCCACGCCAUCCCCGUCUAGACGGUCUUCAUCACCAAGUGCAGAGAGUUCACCAAAGCGACGGAGAUUAAACUCUAGAGGGCCAACACCUAAGCCUCCAAGUGUCCCAUCGCCACCUGAAGAGAAAUUCGCCCCGAUAGUUCCUCCCGCAAUAAUACCGCCUGCUCUUGCACUUCGCCUGGCGUCAGAGCUACCGGUUACCACAGCAUCUCCUCAAGUGCUGGUGAAACAGGGAGUGUCUAAAUGCAAAGAGUGUAACAUUGUGUUUUGUAAAUAUGAGAACUAUCGCAUCCACAAGAGGCAUUAUUGUUCGGCGGGAGGCGGGGAAGAGCGCGCGAGUCCUGCGCCACCAGAGCCCGGUCCACCGCCGCAAUACCGCCAGUUGAUCUGCCUGGCGUGUGGCAUUCACUUCAGUUCGCUGGACAACUUGACGACUCACCAAUCAUUUUAUUGCACUAAGCGGGAGACGCGAUCUCCUCGAAGCGUUCCUGAGGUUCCGAGACCGACUUCGGGCACCGAGGGUGGAUGGAAAUGCCCUUGUUGCGAUGUGGUGUCGCCUACAGCAGCCGCCGCCCAGCGUCACAUGGACGCCCACGCCGGAGUCAAGGCGUUCCGCUGUACCAUCUGCCGGUACCGGGGAAACACGCUGAGAGGCAUGCGCACCCAUAUACGCAUGCACUUCAACAACAAGAAGCCUGCUGACUUGCAGGAGGAGAGCUACAUCGCAUGCGUUCUCGAAGAGGACAGUCGUGAGGCGACCUCCCCAAGCCCAGCGGUGGGGGGCGAGCGCGUGCACCGAUGCGGCAGCUGCGCCUACACCUCCACAUACCGCGGCAACGUCGUGCGACACGCACGUCUCGUCCACGCGACCGAUGAGCCCGAGGAGGAACAAACAUCUCCCGUUCCUCCUCCCCCAACAGUCGACAUCAAAAAGGAACCAGAAACAGAACUCGAAGAAACCCCUAACUACUGCAAGUCUUGCGAUAUUUCCUUCAAGUAUGUGAACACUUAUAAGGCUCAUAAGCAGUUUUAUUGUACCGCUAACAAUCAGGAUGCGACGGCUAAUAACAACGUGCCAACGCCAGCUAGGGUUACUGAUACGCCUGUGCUAUGAAUUUGAUUCUAGACUCGCCGUCUGAUGAUCUGUUUCUCGCAUAAGCCGCCAAAACAGUUACUCUGUUGUAAACGAUUAUUUAUGCUGUGCUACUACUAGUAGCGCCACCUGUUAUUCGGAUUAUGAAAGUGUGAUGCGUUCAUGUUUACGCACGUACCUAAAUAUUUGUGUGAUGGCGGUUUAUAGCUUGAAAUUCUGAUGGAAAAUGUACUUUGAAAACUAUUGCUCGCAAAAUCAUAAAUGCUUAAGUUGCUUCUCCUGGAAUGUCUUGUAAUUAUCCUAGAAUAAGAAUGUAUCCUCUCGUUUUCAAAUAAAAUUAAAAUAAAUGUGCAAUAAAUUAAUGAUUAUUAAAUUAAACGUGUACUGCAUAUCAAUGCCAAAUCGAUGUUUGAAAUUUUCGAUUCAAUGUUAAAUUAUAAAGAUAUAAAAAGAUAAUAAUAUUGGCUUACGCUACGCCAUGAUAUAAAAGAUAAUAUCAUGUGGAGGACGAAGGUAUUUAAUUAGUCCUAUCUACAUAAAAUUGGCGUAACUUGAGCUAAAUGUAUUUCAUCUUAACCCUUCAAAACUUGUUGUACUUAAAUGAGUCUGUACUCAAAUGAGUCCGUCCUCGUGUGAGUACAUCAAGUAAAAAGUUCUUAAUAUAUUGGCUAAUGUACAUACAAGCCCUCAUACUUUAAGAUUUUGUUACUCUGUUAUUGUAAAUUUCCUAGUUAAAAGUUAAACUUCGUCUUUGUAUUAGUAUACGGUUAAAAAUAUUACCAAAAUUGUAAAUAUAUGUAAAGAUAUUACUAAAUAUUAUUACCAUUCGUUCUAAGUGAUUGUUCGAUUUUUGUUGUUAAUUUUUGUUUAAUAUUAAUUAAUUAUUAGGUGAAUUUAUCUACCCCUAAUGCAGGUGCUGAUUCCAUAAUGCGGUUUAAUUUUAACUACCAGUGUCAUUUUGAAGAUUGCCAAAAAUCUGUAAUUACAUUUGUUUGAUGGCAAAUGCAUUAAAAUUCAUAGUAAAAAAUGAAGAAUAUCUUGUCACUCAAAAUGAAUUGUACUUUUUUAAGUAAACACAGUAUCUGAAUACAAUUUCUUCGCCAUUAAUUACUUUGUAAAUCAAUGGAUUUUCAAAUCUAGUAACAACUUUCAACAUAACUUUUGCAAUGAUGUCGACAUCUCGUAUUUAGAAUGAUAAUUUUUAUUUUCCUUAAAAACAGUUUGUAAAUUGCUUACCACAGUAUGCCACAGUAUUUAUCAUUCCCCCAACUAAAAGUAUCAAAACGUAAGUGUUAAUAAAAUACAGUGUUUCCAGUAUAUUUUGACACGUAGUUAAAUAUGAAACUAGAGAUAUAAAUUGAUUUUGACACUUUGUUGACGUUUGACUGUCAAAAUAUUCUGGGCACACUGUGAGAUACCAUGUUUUGUCAAUGCCAAAGCAUCGCUAGAAUAAUCGUAAUUUGCAUUUAUAGUUAUCUCAUUAAAUAUAGUUGUAGAUUAAGUGACUACAAGACUUGUUCCCUACGUAUAAUUAUUGUAAUUUGUGUAAACUUUUAUGUUUUGUCUGUCUAUAAAGGAAUGAGUCUCGAAUCGAUGUUGCGAUAGAAAAAAAAUAGGUACAAAACAAAAAUGUUGUCGAUCUUCCAUUGUAUGACGUAUUUAGUGGACUGUUGCUAACAGAAGUGACUUUUAAAAACAUUUUUAUCGAAUUUUUAAAUGUGCUCAACCUUACAGGUGCAAACGCCAGCAAGUCAGUCACCCUACCCGAAUCUGUCAAAUUUUAGCAAUCGAAUAUUAACCUUCCACUAUUGUGAUAAGGUUGAAAAUCCAUUGAAGAAAUUUGACAGAGUGAGGUAGGGUGAAAUGCUGUCGUCGUAGUGCAUAAUGGCAUCAAAGUACGUAGUGGGAAUGGUCAUACCUAGGAUCAGUAAUCCACAUUUAGCAGCCUUUUCUUAGUAACUUCAGUAAAGGUUUCACAUUAUGCCAAACUGGGCAAUAUUUUUUUAAUUCAAUAAUUUAUUAUUUACUAUUUGAAGACAAUCUCAGAUUUUUUUAUUUUUUUCAUAAAUUGAAAGUCACAUCUGUGGUCGUCAGUCCAGACCAGUAGAAUAAACGUAAAAAUCAUGACAUUUUAUGUUAAAAAAAAUUAACGAAACACAGCAUCUGAUGUUAUGUGCCAUAACUGUGUUCUCAGUAAAAACAUAGUUUUUAAUGUAGGGGCGUCAUCUCGAAUAAAAAUCUAUUUCGUUUCGCGUUUUAAUGGAUGUCUGAAAUUAAUUUAUGGCUACAACGAAUCAAAUAAAUAGGUACUACCAGUUUUUUUAUGUAAUUUUGAAUAAAUUAAAACAUAUGUAUUUACUUACAUAAACGCUUUUUACAACACACAAAAGCUACGCUUGCAAUAUAUUUCAGCAAACCCACGCUAUUUACCAGUAUUUUUUUUUAUCAACUUCAUAAAAUAUUUUCAGACAUCCAUUAAGUACGUAAGAAUGUUUAAAAUGCAACAUUAUUAUAAUAAGAAGUUGAAUUAAAGUGAUAAUAACAAUUAAUGAAUCGUAAGCUGAUGUAGGCAAACAAUGAUAUUGUAAAAAUACCGCCAGACAAUAAAUUAUUUAUCACAUAUUAAA